AUGGAGCAAAUCCACGCCCAAAUCCUCACAAUUCCAUUCUUCUCCAAAACUGAUCUACACUUCUUGAUUUCCCGACUUCUCUUCUUCGUUGCGAUCUCCGAUUUCGGUUGUCUCGCCUACGCCAAGCGGAUUUUCCAAUGCGUAAAAAACCCGGAUCUUCCCUUAUACAAUAUCAUGAUCAGAGCUUAUGCCUCUAAAUCCAAAGGGGAUUGCAAUACGCCAACAGACCGGGCUCUCCCUCUGUACCAACAAAUGCUGCUCAAUGGCAUUCAACCUGAUGCCCUGACGCUUCCCUUUCUGUUGAAGGAGUGCUCUGCAAGGCUGGAUAUGAGAGCUGGUGUCAGUGUUCACGGGCAGUCGGUCAAAUUUGGUUUGUACAACGAUCUCUAUGUUCAGAAUUCCAUGAUUAGCUUCUAUUCUGUUUUUGGGAUUGUAGCCAGUGCGGUGAAGGUGUUCGACGAAAUGCCCAAAAGAGAUGUUGUCUCUUGGAACUCGAUGAUCGUUGGGUAUUUAAGAAGUGGAGAUUUUGGGGAGGCGCUGCAAUUGUUUGGGAGGAUGGAGGUUAGAAAUAUUAUCACUUGGAAUUCGAUGAUAACUGGGUUUGCUCAAGGUGGCCAGGCGAAGAAAGCUUUGGAAUUUUUCCUUGAAAUGCAGCGUUCGAGCUGUGGAAUUGACGCUAUCAGACCAGAUAAGGUGACCAUAGCUAGUGUACUAUCAGCGUGUGCCCAUCUCGGGGCAAUUGAUCAUGGCAAGUGGGUACACAAUUACUUGAGGAGAAGCGGUGUGGUAUGUGAUAUGGUUCUGGCGACUGCAUUGGUAGAUAUGUACAGUAAAUGUGGUUCUCUAGUUAGAGCAUAUCAAGUGUUCAAUCAAAUGCCUAGGAAGGACACACAAGCAUGGACAGCAAUGGUUUCAGCAUUUUCAUUACACGGUUAUGUCGAAGAUGCCUUUAACAUGUUCGAAGAAAUGACAGCAUCAGGUGUACAGCCUAACCAUGUCACAUUCGUCGGGUUGUUGUCAGCUUGCGCGUAUUCCGGGCUGGUAGAGAAAGGCCGCCAUUGUUUCAGCAUGAUGAGAACCACGUACUCGAUUGAACCAGAAGUGCAUCACUAUGCUUGCAUGGUCGAUAUACUUGGAAGAGCAGGACUCUUUGAGGAAGCGGAAGAGCUCAUUAGAGGUAUGCCUAUGGCCCCUGAUGUAUAUGUUUGGGGCGCUUUGCUUGGUGGAUGUCAAAUCCAUGGUAAUUUGCAGCUCGGGGAAGAGGUGGCGAAGCGGUUAAUAGGCUUGGAACCGAAGAACCAUGCUUUCUACGUGACUUUAUCUGAGAUAUAUGCUAAAGCUGGUAACUUUGAUGAUGUGAAAAGGGUUAGAGCCGUCAUGAGGGAGAAUGGGAUAAAGAAGGAGACCCCUGGCUGUAGCAUGAUUGAAGUCGAAGGAGCUGUUUACGAGUUCUCGGUUGGCACUUCCCCUGACGUUAUGGUACAGGAGGCGCUGACUGAAAUUCUCAACAGUCUUAACAGUGAGUUGAAAAUAAUAGGUAACAGUGAGUUCUUAGUCGGCGCUUCCCCUAGGCUGCGCUGCGGCAGCCAAAGCGGCGAGGAAGCGGGGUUUCUGCAAGGGGAAGUGCACGCAAAUGUGGGCGUGAUUGAAGAUGGCAGAGUGGUGGGAACACUGCCCAAUAAUGAGCCCUUUGCUGUUCACUACCCUGGCUAUCCUUCUUCAGCUUCUUGCGCCAUCCAAACUCUCAGUGGAACUAAAGCAAUUGUGGAGGCUCGAACUUUGAAAUCGAACAAUUUGAUGCUCUAUUUUCGUUCAGAGGAUACCUACUCUCGUGUGUCUCGUCCUAUUUCAGGAAAGCUCGGUCCCUGUAGUGGCUUGCUGCUAAAAGUUUCCAAAAUCGGAUCACUCUCCAAGAAUGCAAAAUUUUCAACUGCUGCUGGCAAUGGUCGGACUGAAGGGGCAGAUCAAGUGAAAGUUAGCACUGAGAGUCUGAGAUUGUUGCCCGGGUCACCGAAGCUUAUCGCUUUGAAGUUUGCCCUAGAUUUGGAUACAGGGAGCAACUCAAGAAACCAUAUCCAAGAGCUCUUCAAUAGCUUUCGAGCAACUGUAGCUGGAGGCGGGUAAAGUAGAUGACUCUGACAGCAGUGAUGGUGAAUAUCAAAUACUCAGAGCAAGAUGACUACAGUUACUCUGACGAUGAUUACGAAUGACGCCAUUUUUUUUACUUAAGGAACUUGUUCAGAGUCUCAUAGUGGUAGUAGAUAGAUGUUGAAUGCCAGAACAUAGUGGUGGUAGCCGUAGGAAGUUGCUGUGUGCAUGACAUGCUAACUGCCUAACUGGAUUAAAGAGGCUAUCAAAGGGCCAUUGCCCACCCUA